AUGCGACUCCCGCCCACUCUUCGAAAGGCCUGCACGCGCCCUGCAAAUCACAAGCAGCUCCCUGUGUCGGUGGUGCCGUCCCUCCUCACCGAGGAGACCGGCUCGCCUCUGUCUCCGCCGGAACAUCUUCACGACGUGAGCGCCGCCACUCCUUGCCGAAAAGCGAGCGGCGGAUUGAUGUCCUGCCCAAUCUUCGGCAGAGUGCGCUCGUCCGUCCACAACAUGGAGGGCACACGCUCGACGUGCUCAGCCUGGCGUUCCGAUAGUUGGAGAAGUCCUCGCGUGCGGAUGUCCCAAUGGCUCCACCGUCUUUUUAACAGGCGCCUUAAGAACACGUCGCCACCGAAAAUGUCAAGCUUAUCAACGAGCAAAAAACGGACAACGCACCUCUGCAAGCUCCAAUGA